GAUGUUUUCGAGAGCAUCACCCUAGUUGCGUCAAAAAGGAUAAGAUAAAUAGAUGGGGCUGCUGUCAAUUAUAAAAAAGACUAAGCGGAAAGAACGCGAGAUGCGUAUCUUAAUGCUUGGUUUAGACAAUGCAGGAAAGACUACGUGUGUCAAGAAAUUUUGUGGAAAGGAUACAAACUCUAUCAGCCCCACCUUAGGUUUCCAGAUUACGGCCUUUACAUUCAAGGGUUACACUCUCAACGUCUGGGAUGUAGGUGGCCAGCAAUCCUUGCGUAGUUAUUGGCGUAAUUACUUUGAAAGCACAGAUGGACUCGUGUGGGUUGUAGAUAGCAAUGAUACCGAUAAGCUUAAGAUAUGCAAACAGGAGCUCCAUAACCUUUUGUUGGAGGAACGCUUGGCAGGCGCGAGUUUAUUGAUUUUUUUGAACAAACAAGACAUCGAAACGUCAACACCACCAGCUAAGAUCCAAUGUAUACUUGAUGUGGAGAGCAUUUGUAAAGGUCGCAGACAUGUUCGCUUAUGUUCAUGUAGUGCCAAGACAGGUGAGGGUCUACUGGAGGGAAUGGAUUGGAUCGUGCAGGAUGUUGCCAAUCGAAUGUACUUCUCAAGUUAAAUGCGUGUGGAUACGCAUAUACCCGUAUAAAAAAAAAUCCAAA